AUUUUUUAUUUCAAAUAGUAAUCAAUUAAAGAAAGGAGAAUAAUUAGAAUUUAAUUAAAUAUAAUGUUGAUAAUUGAAGAGCAUUUGCAUACAGGAGUAUUAAUUUAUAUAUGGACGAAAUAUAUAUGGCGGCAGCUGUUAGAAUCCCGACAGCGUUCUAUUUUGAAAACUUAUGAGGUAGCACCUGUUGAGAUUCAAGAAUUAAUUCGAGACGACGAUUAUCGGAAUUAUCAAGUUUAUGCUCUUUAUAAAAAUGUUUUGAAUGUAUUCAAAGAAACCGCCAAUCUUGGUCUCACAACGAUAUUUAUUGUGUUUCGGAGCUACAAAAAACUAUGGAUGCGCUCUACUGAAAUUCUGAUACACCUUGGAUUCGACGAAAGUCAUGACGCUUUACGAACCACGAUAUUUCUAACUCUCUUGAGUUCUUGCCAUUUUUUGGUAAACCUGCCGUUCUCCAUUUACGAAUCUUAUCUUAAUAAUGAUUAUGAACAUAACGAAAGAGUUACGAUGGUCGAAGCUGUUUUGAGUCAUAUAAUUACACAAACAAUUAUUUUCCCAUUUGCAUAUCUACUAGUAGUGGUUUUUAAGAUGGGUGGUGAUAAUAUUUUUCUUUAUAUGUUUUGCGUUGCCGAGCUUGAAGCUAUUUUUGAUUUGUUUGAUCACCGAAUUUUGGAGCCAUUACCACCCUGCGAGCUUCGUAAUCAGUUAGUUGCUUUCACGGAGGAAAAUGAUUUUCCUCUUUUCGAUAUUUUCUUGGUUGAGAGUUCAGGAAAUCACCAUAGUAAAGUGUUUGUUCAUGGUGUGCCCGGACAGAAGAUAAUCGUUCUUUAUAAUAACAUUGUCAGUCAUCAUAGGAAUGGUCGUCAUUCAGAAUUAUCCAGUCGACUCUUGACUGUUGAUGAAAUUUUGGCUCUGGUUGCUCAUGAAAUUGCUCAUUGGAAACAAUGGCACACCUUUAUUAGAUUCCUCGUACACCAAACACGUCUUGUUGUUCAUCUGGCAUCGUUGAGAUUUGUAAUGAAUUACAAACCUAUUUAUGAAGCUUUCGGUUUCGAAGAUAAGCCAUAUAUAAUAGGCAUUGUUUUGCUUCAGUUUUACCCAAUUUUCGAUGUAUGCAACUUUAUGGCGAGAGCCAUAAACAGACAGCUAGAAUUCUCGGCAGAUAGAUACGUAAAAAGACUGAAGAAGGAUAGGGCUCUAAAAAGUGCCAUUGCUAAAAUUGGCAACCAUUUUUCUUUAUUUCCUGUUCAAGAUUGGUUUUAUUCUUACUGUUAUUAUGACCAACCUAGUUGCCAUGAGCGUAUACUUGCUCUUGAUAGAUAUAAAUCUUUUUAA